AUGCUGGCGAGCAUUUUAGCGAGUUGGCCGCAGGACUUGGCUUUUGAGCCUGAGGACGAGAAGCAAGCAACGCCUCUACAGAGAUUGCCGAACGAGCUGCUUGUGCAUAUUCUUCGGUGUCUUAAUAUCACGACUCUGGAGCGUUUCGCUCUGGUCAAUCGUAAGGCUCGUGUGGUCUCAUUGGACAUAAGCAUAUGGAGACCUCCACAAAUAUCCGAUGAGGAGGACCUGACCGUGCUGGUGCUGCAAUACUCAUCAGACUACAGGCGGUUAUUCAUCGAACACCCUCGUGUCCGAUGGGACGGCGUGUAUAUUGCAGUGUGCCAUUACAUCCGAGCCGGGGCUAGCGAGAACGCGUGGGUGAACGUCAGUCACUUGAUCACAUACCACCGCUAUCUACGGUUCUAUCCGAAUGGGCAAGUUCUUUCCCUUCUCGCCAAUGAGGAAAUGCCGCCGCAGCAGAUCAUACCCGUACUCAAACCAACGCUGCACAUGAAGGGCCUCUUCAUCGGCAACUGGCACCUAUCCGGCACAACGGUGCACGUCACCUCGCUGACUGACCCGCACCCGUCGAUGGAUUCACGCGCUCGGUAUGCGUUCCAAAUGACGCUCGACCUCCGCUCGCGCCCACUCGGCCGGUGGAACCGUCUCGAUUUCCGUGCAUAUGAUAGCGUGGACAUCGAGAGCGGAGAGACGACGCCGCUUGCGCUCAAACACGAGCGGCCAUUUUGGUUCUCGAAGAUUGUUCACAUCGGCACGCACAGCGUCGGUGUUCGGUCACUGAGAGCGAUUGUGGCGACACUGUUUAAUCUUCAAAAUGGUGGAAGUUGA